AAUCAGAGAACACUAAUUCACAUGGGAUCACACACAGCAUUUUCUCAACCCCUGACACCCACCAACCAGGAAACAGAUGAAUUCUUUGAUGAAAUGCAAGGAAAAACUGCUGUAAUGAAAGGCAAAUGUGAAGGCAGCAUUUCAAUCAGAUAAGGGCUGAUUACCAAGGAAAGGGCUGAGCGCUCUCUUCUCAAUGGACAGUGGGACCAGUGGACUGAAGAAAGAGUUCUGCUCUCUCCCUCACUGCUGCUCCAACCUGCCGGCCCUGUAAAUGGAUAAAAAGAAGAGAGUGUUUGCUGCCAAGCAAGUGACAGGGAACCUGACGUUUUCGCUAUUGGCCGUUUCCUUGCUUUCCUCAUUUGGAUCCUCUAUGCUGUAUGGAUACAACUUAGCUGUAGUCAACUCUCCUUCUGAGUAUAUAAAAGCUUUUUACAAUACAACAUGGAACCAACGAUAUGGGGAAGCACUUGAACAAAGUCCAUUGACGCUCAUGUACUCUCUGACUGUGUCAGUCUUUGCUCUGGGAGGAAUGCUUGGCUCUCUGCUGGUUGGAAUCCUGGUGUCCAGGUUUGGAAGGAAAGGCACGAUAAUAAGGAGCACUCCCUUGGUCUUUGUUGCUGGCGGCUUGAUGGGACUCAGUCGCAUCUUUUCAUCCCCAGAGAUGGUAAUCAUUGGGAGGUUCAUUACUGGCAUCCACUCAGGUAUUUCUCUCAGUGUGGUACCCAUGUAUUUAGGAGAAAUUUCACCAAAGAACUUGCGAGGGCUUUUAGGACUAGUGCCAAGUAUUUUCAUUUGCUUGGGCGUAUUUUCUGCACAGGUUUUGGGUCUCCCCGAGCUCUUGGGACAGGAUGAAACAUGGCCCCUUUUCCUUUCCCUGGUUGUGGUACCUACCUUUGUGCAGCUUGUGCUCCUGCCUUGGUUUCCAGAAAGCCCUCGUUACCUUCUCAUUGACAAAAGCAAUGUGCAUGGCACUAUAGAUGCUCUGAGGUGUUUCCUUGGGGAAUAUGAUGUCCAAGAUGUCAUUGAAGAGAUGCAAGAAGAGCAGAAAUCUUUCUCGAGUGUUGAUACUGUCUCGGUGUGCCAGUUUUUGUCUGACCCGACCCUGUUUUGGCAGAUUUUAUCUGUUAUUGUCAUAAAUAUUGGUAUGCAGCUUUCUGGAAUUGAUGCAAUCUGGUUCUAUACCAACUCCAUAUUUGAGAAUGCUGGUAUUCCUAUGGCUGAGAUCCCAUACACAACAGUGGGGACUGGUGCAAUUGAGAUAGUUGCAGGAUUGAUUGGGUGUUUUACCGUUGAAAAAUUGGGUAGACGACCUCUUCUUAUUGGUGGAUUCAGUUUCAUGGGUUUCUGCUGUGCUGGAAUCACAUUAGCCUUGGUGUUUCAGGCCAGGGUUCCUGUGAUGCGCUACGUCAGCGUGGCCUGUGUGAUUGGUAUAAUUGCUGGGUUUUGCAUAGGACCAGCUGGGCUCCCAUUUAUCAUCACUGGAGAGUUAUUCACCCAGUCUCAUCGUCCUGCCGCCUUCAUUGUGGGAGGAACACUAAACUGGUUAUCCAACUUUACUGUGGGAUUUGUCUUCCCUUUCCUUCAGAUAUCAGCUGGGGCAUUCUGCUAUAUGGUGUUUUGCGGGAUUUGUUUGUUUGUAGCCGCCUAUGUUUACUACAUUAUCCCUGAGACCAAGAACAGAACUUUCAUGGAAAUCAGCCUGAUGUUUUCCUCCUCAAAGUCCCCGGUGACCCAUGAAGUGACUGCAGAUGAUUUGAAACUUAGGAGGCUGAAUGGAUACGGCACAAUGGAGAGCAACUCCUUUGAAUUCUCUUGACAAGCGCGGUGAGCGGCAAAGACUCUCAACACAACAUGACGGGACUCGGGUUCUUUGGAACUUUAUAUUUUCAUACUAAGGAUGGACUGGUCUGACAGUUGUUUAAGUAUUCCAAAUGGACAAGCCAUUCCACUGUUAUUUUAAACAGAAUGUUAUAAACUUUAAAGAGCAGAACAAAAAACACUUCUAAAAAAUAAUAAAAUAAAAACCUCUAAAUCCAGUUCUCUAAAUA